CACAGUCACACUCUGAGUCUCACACAGGUAAACACUAAACAAGGGUUUAUGCUUUAUGAUGUUGCAGAGGGUUUAGUAUUAGCUUCAUUCUCCUCAAAAAUGGCGUCUCUGCAAUCUAUCAGCCGUUCCAGAUGUUCCAAGUUCUCUUACUUAUUCAAGGUACGACCUUUUCAUCCCUCUCAUUUUACUUCCAUUAAUAGCUUUCACAACAACCUUAAAACCCUAGCCAAAACCCUAAGCACCUCCACCGUCCCGUAUGAAUUCCAAAGGUCACCUCCUCAGCAACCUCCACCGUCCGAUUCUAGGCCUUUCCCUGAUCAGUGGGGAUCACAGCCACAGGGAAACACAAACCCUAACCAGUGGAACUCAUACCAGGGUCAGAACCCGAGCUAUGGUGGUGGAUAUCCUAAUCAGGGUCAGAAUCGCGGAAUUCCUAACCAGGGAAAUCCUGGGUAUGGAAACAAUCAAUGGAAUUCUCAGACUCAGUAUCAGAACCCGGAUUAUCAGCAAUCCAGAGGGUUGAAUCAGUGGAACAACCAGAAUCCAAGUUACCCUCAACGCCCAAACCCAAGUCAGUGGAGUGGACAAGUUCAAAACUCUAAUCAGAUGAGCAACAAUCAAGCUUUAAAUCGAGGCCAAGGUCAGGCUUUUGAGAAUCAGAUUCCCAAUGUUAUCCAACCUUCUGUUUCAGAUUUAGGCCGACUGUGUCAAGAGGGGAAGGUGAAAGAAGCUAUUGAGUUGAUGGACAAGGAGGGGGUGAAAGCGGAUCCAAAUUGUUUUCAUGCUUUGUUUGAGUUGUGUGGGCAAUCGAAAUUGCUGGACAAUGCUAAAAAGGUUCAUGAUUUCUUUUUGCAAUCUACCUGGAGGAGUGAACGUCAGCUGAUCAAUAAGGUUAUUGAAAUGUAUGUGAAAUGUGGGAGCAUGACUGAUGCACGGAGAGUGUUUGAUUAUAUGACUGACCGAACUCUUGAUUCUUGGAAUUUGAUGAUAAAUGGAUAUGCAGAUAACGGAUUAGGAGAUGAUGGAUUGCAAUUAUUUGAGCAGAUGAGGGAAAAAGGAUUCCAACCUAAUUCCGAGACUUUUCUUGCAGUGUUUUCGGCUUGUGGUAGUGCAGAUGCUGUGGAAGAAGCGUUUAUACAUUUCGAAUCAAUGAAAACCGAGUAUGGAAUUGCUCCAGAGAUGGAGCAUUAUUUGGGGAUACUUGGUGUUUAUGGUAAGUGUGGACAUCUAAAUGAAGCAGAAGAUUACAUUGCGAAACUCCCUUUCGAGCCCACUGUGGAAGUUUGGGAGGCUUUGAGAGAUUAUGCUCAGAUUCAUGGGGAUGUUGAUCUUCUAGACCGUACUGAGGAGAUCAUUGCUGCUCUUGACCAGUCUAAGGCUGUUACAAAUAAGAUCCCUACUCCACCACCCAAAAAGCUUAAUGCCAUUAACAUGUUAGAUGGAAAGAACAAGAUUGUUGAGUUCAAAAAUCCAACUCUAUACAAGGAUGAUGAAAAGUUGAAAGCCCUGAGUGGAAUGAGGGAAGCUGGUUAUGUCCCCGACACGAGAUAUGUGCUUCAUGACAUUGAUCAGGAAGCCAAGGAGCAGGCCUUGCUCUAUCACAGCGAGCGGCUGGCAAUUGCGUAUGGCCUGAUUAGUACUCCGGCGAGGACACCUCUUAGGAUCAUUAAGAAUCUGCGAGUCUGUGGAGAUUGCCAUAAUGCCAUCAAGAUCAUGUCCAAGAUUGUUGGGAGGGAAUUGAUUGUUAGAGACAACAAAAGAUUUCAUCAUUUCAAGGAUGGAAAAUGCUCUUGUGGAGAUUACUGGUAAUCUUUAUGAUUGGCUUUCACUAUUAUACACAGCUGACAAAGAUUUCCUCCCUCAAUACAAUUAUUGUGUAAAGCUUAAAAAAUUGACAAGGUUGAUGGGAUUUUAUGGAGAUGAGCAUCAGUUCUUCUAGUUGUAGGAAGUGGCCAUUUGCAGCUAUAUAAAUGUGUUAUCCUGUUGCUAUGAAUUCAAUCAAUUAUUUUCUAGAAUGUCAAAUAUAAUAACUACUUUCCUUUCUUUAUGUGAAAUUUUCCGAUGGCAUGAGCUUAUGGAUACCGAUAAUAGAAUGCAUAUCGGUUUGUCUGGCAAA